UCAUAAGCAAGGAGCAGUCGGGAGCUGGAUGAUGAAGGGCUUAUUUUUGUGCGUUUUUGCUACUUUUUUGCUGUCUGCUAUCGAUCACGCAGAGGGCAAUGCUUAUUAUGACAAGAUCUUGACCCACAGUCGCAUAAGGGCAAGGCAGCAAGGCCCAAAUGUUUGUGCUUUGCAACAAGUUCUGGGAACCAAGAAAAAAUAUUUCAGCACCUGCAAAAAUUGGUACCAAGGGGCAAUCUGUGGCAAGAAGGCAACCAUCUUAUAUGAAUGCUGCCCAGGCUACAUGAAAAUAAACGGAGAAUCUGGGUGUCCUGCAGUUGCUCCCAUUGACAAUGUGUAUGGCACCCUUGGAAUUGUGGGAGCCACAUCAACGCAGGAUUAUUCUGAUAGGUCUGAACUGAGAAAGGAAAUAGAAGGAGUUGGCUCCUACACUUUCUUUGCACCCAGUAAUGAUGCUUGGCAGCUGUUGGAUUCUGACGUGCGUGAUUCAUUGCUAAGCAACGUAAACAUCGAGCUGCUCAAUGCUCUUCAUUAUCAUAUGAUUAACAAAAGGAUGUUGACAAAAGAUCUGAAAAAUGGAUUAUCUGUGACAUCGAUGUUCAAUAAUCAAGAACUUGUAAUAAACCACUACACAAAUGGGGUUGUCACAGUUAACUGUGCAAGAGUUAUCCAUGGUAACCAAAUUGCAACAAAUGGCGUUGUUCAUGUCAUUGACCGUGUCGUGACAGCGGUUGGAAAUACUAUUGAAGAUUUCAUUGAAUCUGAAGAUGAAUUAACAUCCUUCAGAGAAGCUGGAGUUGCUGCAGAGGUAUUGGCAGAGCUUGGCAAGAAAGGUCAAUAUACCCUUUUUGCCCCCACUAAUGACGCUUUUGAAAAACUUCCAAGAGGAGUUCUUGAGAGAAUUAUGGGUGACAAACAGGCAGUUAAAGCUCUUGUGAAUUACCACAUCCUCAAUUCUGUCCAGUGUUCCGAAGCCAUAAUGGGUGGGUCACUUUUAGAAACUCUGGAGGGAAGCUCAUUGCAGAUAGGAUGCGAUGGUGACAGUUUGACAGUUAAUGGCAAUAAGAUGGUAAAUCGCAAAGAUAUUGUCACAACUAAUGGAGUCAUUCACUUGAUUGACCAGGUCCUGAUUCCAGACUCUGCAAAACAAGUCUUGGAGCUUGCAGGAAGCGAACAAACUACUUUUACUGAUCUCAUGGCACAAAUGGGUCUGGCGGCAUCUUUUAGACCAGAUGCAGAAUACACACUCCUCGCACCUAUAAAUAAUGCUUUCUCUGACGAAACCCUAAAAAUGGAUCAGCGAAUUCUUAAACUGAUCCUGCAAAACCAUGUUCUCAAAACAAAGGUUGCUCUUAAUGGACUGUACAAUGGACAGACUUUGGAGACAUUGGGUGGAAAGCUCCUUAGAGUCUUCGUCUACCGCACUGCUGUCUGCAUUGAGAAUUCCUGCAUGCUUCGUGGAAGCAAAGAAGGAAGGAAUGGUGCAAUUCAUAUCUUUAGUGAAAUUAUUAAGCCAGCAGAAAAGUCAUUCUAUGACCUCUUAAGCCUUGACAAACGGUUCAGCAUUUUCCUGAACCUGAUUGAAUUUGCUGGCUUGAAAGACCUUCUCUUACAACCUGGAGCUUGGACUUGGUUUAUUCCGACUAAUGAUGCCUUCAAAGGACUUAGCAAUGAAGAAAUGGAAAUCUUAAAACGGGACAAAGUUGCUCUUCAGAAUAUCCUUCUGUAUCACUUGGCACCAGAAGUGUUCAUCGGUGGUGGAUUUGAGCCCGGUGUAACAAAUAUUCUUAAAUCUCUUCAAGGAAAUAAAAUCAUGGUUAAAGCAGCAGUAAAUAAUACUCUGUCUGUGAACGGUGUGGUCUCAAAGGAACCAGAUCAAAUGACAACCAAUGGAGUCUUUCAUGUUAUAGAUAAACUACUUUUCCCUGCAGAUGUUUCCCUUGGUAAUGAACAGCUUCUGAGCAUUCUUAAUAAAAUCAUCAAAUAUAUUACAAUUAAGUUUUCAAGGGGAAGCACAUUCAAGGAAAUUCCUCUCACUAAAUACAUUAAAUUUAUUACUAUUGGAGAGCCACGUGUUACAACAGUAACAAGGAUAAUCGAAAUUAAGCCAGAAAUGAGAGUCGUUGGAGGCGAGACCAUUACUAAAGUUAUACAUGGAGAUCCCUCCAUUACUAGGAUUACUAAAGUAAUUGAAGGUGAUCCUGAAUUCAAACUGAUAAAGGAAGGCGAAACACGUGUGACCAAAGUGAUCCAAGGAGGUCCUGAAAUAACAUACACUCGUAUAUCUGGUCUUGAUCCAGACGCAGAUGAAGAAACAAUUAAAAAGAUGCUUGAGGGAGAACCUCAGGUUAGAAAAGUACAGACUGGCCGAAGGACACAAGUGAGAAGGAAAAUGAGACGAAGCCAUCAACCAUCUUAAAGGCUGGAUUCCUGAGGAAAAUGAUAAAUGAUACAUGAGUUCGGAAUAGGUGCUACGUGAAAAACAGCAACUAGCAUCUUUUAUAAGUUGUUUUAUAUGUGAAAAAAACCGUUCCUCUGCUGUUCAGAAAUUAUGUCUAAAAAAAACGUUCUGUAUAGAGUGCUUGAUACAAAUUUUAAAGGGCAAAACAUAUGUACGACCAUUAGAUAAUUUUCCUUAAUAUAUUACAUUCAAUAGCAAAAGUUGUUCUAAGUGUUCUGUUAAGCUGUAGUGUAGGGGUAGGCAACCUUUGGUUCUUCAGCUCAUAUAGAUUUACAUCUUCCAUUAUCCUCCAGCAGUGAUGUUGGAAGUUGUAGCUCAAGAACAGUUGGAGGGCGCAGGACACCCACCAGUGCAGUAGCAUUUAGUAAUAUAAAGACAAAAAAAAAUAUUUUUGUUAUUAGCUCUGGGGACAUGCAGUUGUUCAAAAGGCAAAAAAAAAUCUUUUGUAGUGCUUGAGCCACAAAGAUACAGUAAACAGAAGACUAAAAUGUGUGUUAAACUAAGUUACACUCAUUGGUGCUUGAUACAGGAGCUUUUUUUUUAUUUUAUUUUUUAGAAAAUGUCCUGAUUCAAUUUCUAAGGGCCUGUUUGUAAAUUAAGUAAUUUUGUAUCUCUGAUUUUGUAUGCAUAAAAUGACAGACAUUUGCUUUUUAAAAUUUUGUUCAGAAAUGUUGCAAUGCAACUAUGUGUGUGAGGGAGGAAAUGUUUACUAAAAGUUCCUGUGCCUUUUUCUUUAAAGGUGCCUGGCUUAAAAGUCUAUUGGGUGUGCUUGUAUACCUCUGUUCCAAAACAAAUACUCAAUAAAAUGUGGUUGAAUGAUA